AUGGCCCAAUUUCAUGAAAUGUUUACAUCUGUGUUUCACUCAGAGGUUCCAACCUUGAGCUACAACUUCAGUCCCUCCCCACAAUCGUCAGAAGAGCUCGAGCUCGCGCCCGAGGACCUCUCCGUCCAGUACCCAACAGUAUCACUACCAUCCACCGGAGAGUCGUCACCUGCGACUUCUCCAGCCUCUCAUCCAAGUCGCAGAAGGGCAUCUCCAUUCCAUAUACCACGACCACGCAACGCGUUCAUGAUCUUUCGUUCUGAGCAGUGCACUCAAACCAAAAUCACCCGCUCUGUCGAACACGAUCACCGACACAUUAGUCGCAUAAUAGGUCACCUUUGGAACAACCUCUCCGAAGCCGAGAAGGACGUGUAUCGCGCCAAGGCAGAGAGGGAGAAGUUUGAGCAUACGAUAAAGUACCCCAAUUACCGUUUUACGCCUGGCGUCAGGGGGAAGCGACCAAUCAAGCGGAAGGUGAAAAGGAACGGGACUGAGGAUUUGAUGAGAUGCAAAAAGGUGGCGGAUUUAUUGAUGAAAGGGAAGGAGGGGGAUGAUUUGAAAGUCGCAUUGAUGACCGAGGGUAAUCAUCCAAGCUCUCCUGUUGUCGAAGGCUCGAUUGUGAAGAGAGGCAGAGGGAAACGCGCACAAGCAUCUGCCAGUUCUGCGUCAUCUGCUUGUUCAAGCCCGUCCAUUAAAGGAUGGUCUCCUACAAACGGAACGGAAUCGGAGUAUGUCGAUAUGGGACCAGCCUUCAUAAGUCCUCUACUUCCGCCGAAAGAGCUUGCCAUGGAGGAACCACAGACGAAUACGUCGCAAUACCCCUCGUUCCAGCCUAGCGUUUCAACCCCUUUGUCCUCUCAACAGUUCAUGCCUUCCCAAGAAACCCCCGCUGUAUGGUCCCCUCCCGAACAGAUCGACUGCUCCUUCCUUCAGACUAUUAUGGAUCCCAACCUCUACUCUUUCCCAAGCGCCUCGUCGGACUACCAAACUUCCGGUUAUCCGAAUGAUUUCGUGCAGUCGCCUCCAAACUUCGAGGAUCAGAACAACGAUCAACGGUACUCCGGCUCAAGUUUGUCUUGGGGCGGAUACGAUGCAGCUGUAGCCCAAGGUCCAGUAUCGUUCGAGAACUCCUGGUAUGACGAUGGUCUAUGUGUUUUUGCGCCCCCUUGCGCGAGCGUCGACCCGAUGGCUUCCAUGUGGGCAGAUCCUAAUAACAUGCAAUUUCUUGCAUGA